UUAAAGUCUUUUACGUGCGAGCAAUAUAUAUGCAGAAACUGAGAUGCAUUCAAUCUUUGACGCUGAUCCUCGGAAAAUAAGUGUAACGACAAUCCACGGAUGGCGCGCUUAUCUACUCUUAGCUACACGGAAAAAGGACUUUAUUUAUACUCCUCAUUGUACAUUUCUUACACUAGUUCAGGAAAUUCAGGAAUAAAAAACAAACCUGCUAUUAGUUGGAAACGGAACACCGUCCAUACAAUCAACGCGCGUUAUGCGUGAAACGGAACGCAUCCUCUAAUAAAGAAUAAUAAAGAAUAAAGUUAUGGAAAAAAAAGGAGAAGAAACCACUUUAUUAUUCUAGUCUGUAUUUAAUAAAUAAAAAUGGUCAGCAGUUGUUGUGUUGAAGGAUGCAAGGCAUCGUGGCGUCCAGAUGUCGACUUAUCAUUCUUCAGUUUCCCAUUGAAAAAUGAAGAUUUGUUAAAAGAAUGGUUGCAAGUUGUGCCAACAAAUAAUCUAAUUACCAAACAUUCUCGAAUAUGUAGCAAUCAUUUCGAUCAGUCACAAUAUGAGUGUACCUCUGGUAAACGAAAGUUGAAAAAGAAUGCAAUUCCUAAUAUAUUUCCGCAGGAUUUAGCCAAAUGUAAAGAAAUACUCAUAGAAGCAGAAAAAUUGCUUUCAACAUCUGAUGUUGUAUUGUCAAAUAUAAGUAAUAGUGAUGAUUUUCAUUGCGACAUACAGGAGGAAAACAUGUUUUUAACCUAUGUGUCAUUACCAAUACCAAGUGUAGCAGAUAAAGAAAUACAAACUAAUCCUGAAACUCAGAGUGUAAGUACACAAACAAUACCAAAGUCAACCAAGAAGGAAAAAGAAUUACGACUUCGAAUUAAAAAUCUUCAGUCCAAAUUGCAUUACAAAAAAAUGAGGAUGUUACGUUACAUCCGACUGCUAAGGUUGUGUAAUGCAAAAUAAAAUUAGUUAUUCAUA